AAACCCUGAAACACAACACCUGAAUUCAAUGAUUUAGAGGAUUGUCCCAAAACCAUAGGCAGUAUCAGAACAUUAAAAAAGGCCCUAUGUAAAAGUGCAGGUUGUGACUUAACAGUGGCUUGAAUAUAUAGUUAAGGUGAUCUGCAAAUAGUUAGAGCUGGACAUAGUAACUAGAAAUUAUUAACAACAGGACAAAUCUAAUAAUCUGUUCUAAUUUAGUUAAUGAUAAAGCAAAUCUUGGUAGUUUCGGUUUUAAGCUUUUAUAUUUACAGUUUUAAGUAACUUACAGAAGUGUUUUAUAUUCUCCAUCCAAAUCAAGUCAUCAUGCUAGUUAAAAUAGGUCAAAGUCUGAAAUAAGACGCUGUUAGAGACGGGUUCAUAUUAUAAGUUGGUAUUGCAUCAAACAUAGUAUACAUGUUUGGCUCCUGCUGAGAAUAUAAUAAUUCAAAUGGAGACUGAGGCACUGAAAUCUCGAACAUAUUUUCUUUUGACGUAAUUCACUGGCCAGCUAACCAGCGCCUCACCCUAUCACUGCCAUAUGUGACUCUUUCCCAAGUGGCUUUUGCAAAGUUGGAAGCACAUAAUUGUUCAGAACAUUUUUGUUCAACCCCACACUGUAACUUCUGACCCAAACCUGUUCCAGCAUGACAGUACUCCUGCGCAUAAAGUGUGAUCCAUAAAGACAUGGUCUUCAGAGUAAAUGUGGAUGAACUAGAGUGCAAAAAUCACUGACCUCAACCCCACUGAACAAACUUUAAGAUGAACUGGAACGUACACCAGGCCUCCUCACUCGAUUGUAUUCACUCAUGUUACUUAAUUAUUUUGGAAUAGAUACAUAUAGGUGUGAUGGUUGGCUGUCCACAUACUUUUGGUCAUAUCUACAGUAAAAUACAAUACAGUACACUAACAGUAAGCAAACUUAGUAGACAUGGACAUAAAAAAUGGCACUUUAAAUGGCAGGAGUAUAGAGGCAUGUCACUAACACAUAGCUAUAUAAAUAAAAUAAAUAGUUUGAACAGAGUAAGUUUAAGUACAUGUUUUUCUCAUGUUUCUAUGACAAGUUAGUAACUCAUUAAGGUAAGUUAUACAAUGAAAUCGAGAGAAAACAUCAGCUACAUCAGGUCAAUCUUCCCCAAGGGGCAGUGGCCACAUCUGACUUUUGUCCAGUGGUGAUAAGAAAGUAUUGAAGCCUGUCAUCAUGUUAGAUUUCACUCAGACCAGGGACAAGUGAGGUCAUGCUAUGGGAAUAAUUUUGCUUAAAAAAUAGUUACAGAUCUCUGUCAUUGAUAAAUACAGAUGAGUAUAAAUGGCCGAGUAUAUGUUUGAUGGACAAAAAUGGCAAGCCUCUGUGUCGGAUAUACCGUUUGUCCCACAUCGUCCACACAGACUUGUUCCACGUUUGGUCACAGCAUGAGGAAUGAGAAAGCAGUCAUAAAGCUUGGUGCUUGGGCGUCUGAAUGAUGAUGAACUUAUCUGGAAGGAUUAUUAAUGAGGUGUUUAUUGAUGAAGGGUAUUCAGGACUUGAAGCAUCGGGGACAUGGUAGCUUUGACUUCAAAGCUGAAACAUCAUGCCUAAAGGAAUUAAGUGUGCAUUUCUGAGAUAAAGCAUUUUUAAGCACUGAAGAAGAGUCCCUAGGGCUCGCAACUGACCGUUUCAUACACGCAAAAAAAAUGAGGGAUGAGGGUUAAGCAUGUUGUAGAGAUUUUUAAUAGUUGCAUUAUUUUUACUUCUCAGGCUUGAAUGAUGUCUGAGCAGGAUCUGGUGGAGAUCGUCCAGAUUGCUGUGGCGGACUUAAACCAUGAGGAAAAUGAUACAGAUGUUCUGGAGAACCAUGAGGAUGCUGAUAAGCCUGAGCGGAAGCGAGCGAGGAUGGAAAGCAGUAACCAGGAUGUGACUCUCAAAGCGAUGCUGAUGUCCAUCAGCCAGGCUAUUUGCCAGAGGUUGGACAACAUGGAGGCGAAGCUGCAGGUGCUGGAGACAACAUGUCGGGCCUUGGAGGAGAAGUUUGACACUGUGAUGGGGAAAAACCCGGGGGCAAUUCAGGUGCCAAUGGUGGCUGGAUCACCUUUCGGUGCUACCCAGACGUGUGACAAAGUGCGCUGUGUGGUGCCGCAGACCAACGUGGUAAUGAGCAAUGAACGUCCAAAACCGGGCCAAGAGGAGUCUCUCCCUCGCACCACAGACUCACUGGAGAAUCUUCUCAGCAAUACGGUUGGCAGAGGGAAACACAAAACAAUCGUCUUAAAGGUUCCUGGGCCAGAAGAGAGUCAGGAAGAGCAGGAUAGCGGAUCAGAAGCCAGCGACUCUGUGUCUAAUAGCGGCCAGUCCUCAACGCAGAACACCAACAACGUUACACUCAUCACCCUUAACUCAGAAGAGGAUUUCCCUGCAGGAACGUGGCUCGGGGAUGAAAAUAACCCAGAGAUGCGUGUGCGCUGUCCCGUGUCUCAAAGCGACAUGCUGCACAUCAGCAGUAACUGCCGCACGCCGGAGAAGAUGGCACUGACGCUGCUGGACUACCUGUUCCACCGUGAGGUGCAGGCCGUCUCUAACCUGUCUGGCCAGGGCAAACACGGCAAGAAGCAGCUGGACCCACUUAUGAUCUAUGGCAUCCGCUGUCAUCUGUUCCACAAGUUUGGCAUCACCGAGUCAGACUGGUAUCGGAUCAAACAGAGCAUCGACUCCAAGUGUCGCACAGCAUGGAGACGGAAACAGCGGGGCCAGAGCCUGGCGGUAAAGAGCUUCUCCCGCAGGGUACCGGCUGCCCGCACUGGCUCAGAUGGGGUCUCGGUAACAGACACAGCAUCUUUGGAGAGCUCCACACAGCAGGCCCUCCAAUAUGCACUGGCUGGUGCAGCUCAACAGGUUCAGAUCCACCGCAUAGGAGAAGAUGGACAAGUGCAAGUAAUUCCACAGGGACACCUUCAUAUAGCUCAGGUGCCACAGGGAGAACAGGUGCAGAUCACGCAGGAUAGUGAGGGCAACCUUCAGAUCCACCAGGUUCAUGUUGGGCAGGAUGGACAGGUUCUAAGAGGGACUCAGCUCAUUGCGGUGGCCUCUGCUGAUGGGUCAGGGACUGUGGAGGCAUCUCCUCUGCAGGCCAAUGACAUCCAAGUUCAAUACGUCCAGCUGGGCCCGGUGACUGACCACACAGGAACUGUGCAAGCUGAGGCACUAGGAUCUGCUCUGCAAGCAGAGAUGGAAGUGAAGGAGGCCAUACAGAUCCAGCAAGGUGCGAACGGCGAAGUGGUCCAGAUUCAGAUGCCUGUCAACACAGUGGGCACCUGAGACACCCAGCUCAUGGACUUUCUCUCUCAAACACAAGACUCCUCCACAUACACAGAUGCAUCAGUGCGACUGUGCGGCAGUAGCACCUGCGAUUCACAGCGAGAGAGAGAAAGACUGAUAUGUGAGGAUGCUCAAAUUCAAAAUUUGAGUGGACAACCGUGGGUUAAGCCUAGCCUGGAGAGUCUUAGUUUAAACAAAUCAUAUAAUUCCUUUUGGGUCAACCAGUCUAUUGGCAAUCUCCUGACAAUCACAGACUGUGAAAGCGGCCAGUCGGCUUAUUAACACAAAAGCAAUGUUGGCUGUAGUGCAGGCUUGUCAAAGCUGCAUGUGAUACAGACUGUGGCCCAGCUGAGUACAGGAUGAAGGAGUUUUUCCCCCCCUCUGCAUCUGCGCUCCAUCACUGCAGCAGCUUCACUGUGCGAUGAGUUUAUUUAACUACAGCUUAAAGGAGUCUGUCUAGCUGUUAGGUUUUCAAGUUCAGCUAAUCUCCUCCCAGUUACGACAAAGAUCCUACCCUGUAAAAAGUGAAGAUUGCAAAUGAAGGAGGUGUUGCUUCACAUGCUUUCUCCAAGAUUGGGGUUUCCUAGUCACCUGGAGCAUCUAUCGCAUACCUGACAUAAGACUGCUUCGUGAAAACUAAUAAGUGAAUUUCUUUUUUUAAUUUUCUUUGUUUGCUGUCAAUAAGUGGAUUGUAAGUUCUUAUUACCUUACGGUAAAAAAAAAAAAAAUAUUUAUGACUCUAGAUAGGAAACAUAUUUGGCAGUAACAAUACUCAAGUCCAUGUACAUACAUUGUAUUGCAAGUAUUCACCCCCCCUGAACAUUUCCACCUAUUUGUAGUGGUACAGCCUGGAACUAAAAUGAACAUAAUUUGGAUUAUGUCAUGAAUCUUAGCUAUGUUGCAAGCGGUUUCCAGCAUAUGUCACAUAACGGAGUCCAACUGUGUACAAUUAUUUCACCAUCAUCACAUGAUUUUAAUAUAAAUAAACCUGAAAUGUACAUAGAAAGGCUCCAGUGUUUGUUAAGCAGUCCAGGACAGACAUCCUCAUUGUUUGGUGAUUAAAAAAUAUCUAAACUUUGAACGUCCUGUGUAACACGAUUAAAUCUGUUAUUAAAACAUGGACAGUAUCUGGAAUAUCUGCAACUCUGUUUUCAAGGAAGCUGUCCACCAAAAGGUCAGUAACCAGGUAAGGACACCAUUGGUCAGAGAUGCAACCAGAGGUAAUUAAA